GCGCUCCCGGCGGGGCGGGGGGUUUGUAUGAACGUUCCACGCGCGCUCCCGGCGGGUUGUAUGAACGUUCCACGCGCGCGCCGGGCGGGGGUGGAGUCGGAAGCGGAAGCGGAAGCGGCGGCGGCGGCGGCGGCUCGGCCUGCGCUGGGAACUCGGGGAGGCCCAUGGCGGAGCCGGCGCCCCCCGCGGCGGAGCUGGCCCUGAGGCGCCGCCUGCCCCCCCGGCUGCCCCGGCGCCCGGGCGACGUCUACGUCAACAUGAAGACGGAUUUCAAGGCCCAGCUGAGCCGGUGCCAGAAGCUCCUCGGCCCGGCGGGCGGCUGCACCGAGAUCUGCAUCCACGGCCUGGGCCUGGCCAUCAACCGGGCCAUCAACAUCGCGCUGCAGCUCCAGGCGGCCGGCGCCGGCGCCCUGCGGCUGGCCGCCAACACCUCCACCGUUGAGCUGGCCGACGGGCUGGAGCCCCAGGGCGACGAGGACGGGCGCCCGCCGCUGGCCCGGGCCCGCAACAACUCCGCCAUCCACAUCCGGGUGUGCCGGGCCUCGCCCCCGCCCUGAGGGAGCGGAGCCGGGGCGCGGAGCCGGCUCCCCGGAGCCCGGCCCCCCUCCACAGCGCGGAGCCUGCUCCCCGAAAGCCCUGCCCCGGCACGGAGCCGGCUCCCCGGAGCCCGGCCCCCCUCCACAGCACGGAGCCUGCUCCCCGAAAACCCUGCCCCAGCACGGAGCCUGGCCUCUCCCCCCACAGCACGGAGCCUGCUCCCCGAAAGCCCUGCCCCGGCACGGAGCCGGUCCCCAGAGCCUGGCCUCCCCCCCCCCCCCACAGCACGGAGCUUGCUUCCCGAAAGCCCUGCCCCGGCGCAGAGGCAGUCCCCGGAGCUUGGUCCCCCCUGGCGCAGAGCCUGCUCCCUGAAAGCCCUGCCCUGGCACGGAGCUGGUCCCCAGAGCCUGGCCCCCCCCCACAGCACGGAGCCUGCUCCCUGAAAGCCCUGCCCCGGCGCAGAGGCAGUCCCCGGAGCCUGGCCUCCUCCCAGCAUGGAGCCGGUCCCCAGAGCCUGGCCCCUCCCCCUGGCGCAGAGCUUGCUCCCCGAAAGCCCU